GCAGUUGAAUACACUUCUUUCCUGUGUCUUUCACUUCUAGUGAGAUUCUCUAAGCCACAAGACACAGCUGCCCAGAACCAAUUUCUUAAUUACCACAGCCGCUUAAGAACCUGCAUCGAAAAUGCAAGCUGCAUCUGCUCCAGUGGUCAUUGUAACUCAGCCCGGAGUUGGAAGCGGUCCAGCACCUCAAAACUCCAACUGGCAGACGGGCAUGUGUGAUUGUUUCAGUGACUGCGGUGUCUGUCUCUGCGGCACAUUUUGCUUCAUGUGUCUUGCGUGUCAAGUUGCAGCUGACAUGAAUGAAUGCUGUCUGUGCGGAGCAACUGUCGCAAUGAGGACCCUCUACAGGACUCGAUACGGCAUUCCGGGAUCCAUUUGUGACGACUACAUGGUGACCCUCUGCUGUCCUCUGUGUUCUCUUUGCCAAAUCAAGAGAGACAUCAACAGAAGGAGAGCCAAUCGCACUUUCUGAAAAAGGAAUCAAUGGUGAAGAGCUCCUUUCUCCCCCUUUCUUCUGUGGUCGCUCUCCUGACCCGGUGAAGAGCUCAACACCUCUUCAGCUUUUCCACUUUCUGCAAUUGAAAUAUAAUUGACAUUUUUAAUCGUAAUCAGUGGGGUUUAAAAAAAACUGAACUUUUAUUUCAAAGGAGUGUUAUCCCUUAGUUUUGCCAAAUGGUCCAGCGUAGUUUCUCCUUGCGAUUAAGUUUUCCAGCUUAUAAAUUCUGUAUUACAUUUUAAAAUAUGAUCAAAUAAAAGAUUUUACAAGCAUGA